ACCGCGGGCGCGGGAUGAACCGCUACACCACCAUGCGGCAGCUGGGGGACGGCACGUACGGGAGCGUGCUGAUGGGCAAGAGCAACGAGUCGGGGGAGCUGGUGGCCAUCAAGAGGAUGAAGAGAAAGUUCUACUCCUGGGAUGAGUGUAUGAAUCUGAGAGAAGUGAAGUCUCUGAAGAAACUUAAUCAUGCCAAUGUGAUUAAACUGAAAGAAGUUAUCAGAGAAAACGACCAUCUUUAUUUUAUAUUUGAGUACAUGAAAGAAAACCUCUAUCAACUAAUGAAAGACAGAAACAAGCUGUUCCCCGAGUCGGUGAUCAGGAACAUCAUGUACCAGAUCCUGCAGGGGCUGGCCUUCAUCCACAAGCACGGUUUCUUCCAUAGGGACAUGAAACCAGAAAACUUGCUGUGCAUGGGGCCAGAACUUGUGAAAAUCGCCGAUUUCGGACUCGCCAGAGAACUCCGGUCGCAGCCGCCGUACACGGAUUACGUGUCCACCAGAUGGUACCGCGCGCCCGAGGUGCUCCUGCGCUCCUCGGCCUACAGCUCCCCCAUCGACGUGUGGGCCGUGGGCAGCAUCAUGGCCGAGCUCUACACCUUCCGGCCGCUCUUCCCAGGGACCAGCGAGGUGGACGAGAUCUUCAAGAUUUGCCAAGUCCUCGGGACCCCCCGAAAAAGCGACUGGCCGGAGGGCUACCAGCUGGCGUCCUCGAUGAACUUCCGCUUCCCUCAGUGUGUCCCGAUAAACCUGAAAACGCUGAUUCCCAACGCCAGCCACGAGGCCAUCCGGCUCAUGACAGAGAUGCUGAACUGGGACCCAAAGAAGCGGCCGACCGCCAGCCAGGCUCUGAAGCACCCCUAUUUUCAAGUGGGCCAAGUGCUGGGCUCUGCCGUCCACCAUCUCGAGUCGAAACAGCCUGCGAGCAGGGCGGGGCACCCACCAGGACCCAAGGCUCCGCCCGGCGCCAAGGACCCCGUGGACCCCCUGCCCCUGCAGCCCGCCCACCUGCUGCCCCACGGCCCCGGCCAGGCCGUGCCCAAGCCGCACGCGUCACAGAAGCCGCCGUCGCCGCCGCUGCUCCCGCACAUCAUCAGAAGCCGACCAGCACCCAGGGCCACAGAAGCGGCCGGCGGCGGUGGGGCCAGGCCGUGCUCAAGUCCGGGGACAGCUGGGACCCCCCCGGAGGACGAGGACGCGGGCGCCUCCCACUCCAAGAAGCCCAGCCUGGGCGCGGGCAGGGGGCCGCGGCGGCGAGACUCGCCCUUCCGGCCUCCAGAGUCGGGCCCCCUGGGCAGCGCGGUCCGCCCGAGGGACAGCAAGGACGAGCCCCCCGCCGGGCUGCUGCAGGCGGACCCCCCGCCGGCCGCGACCCCCGCGGUCUCCACGGCCAAGCAGUACUACCUGAAGCAGUCGCGGUACCUUCCCGGUGUGAACCCCAAGAACGUGGCCCUGCUGACCAGCAGGAAGGACGUGCCCCCGGGCGCCUGGAAGGGCCGGCUGCUCCCCGAGUCGUUGGCGCCCAUCCAGGCAGAGCUGGCCCUGCGCAGGGGCGACGUAGGACACCUGAGCAGCCAUGCCCCUUACAGCCAGUCGGGAUAUGUCCCUUCCUUCCUCAAGAAAGCAGUGGGCUCGGCCGGCCAGAGGAUGCACCUGGCACCUCCCAGCGCGACGGCGUCAGAAUACGCCUGGGGCACCCAGCCCGGCCGGGUCUUCUCGGGACCCACCUGCCACCCCUCGGCCCAGAACCUGAGCCUCCUGCCCCGCGCCCCGCCCGUGUCCUCGGUGCACGGGAGGACAGACUGGAUGGCCAAGUACGGCGGCCACCGCUAG